UGAUGGAGGACGAGGAGAAGGCAGUGGAGAGCUUGAUGAGCAACAUGGAAGCUGCUUGUUCUCCAUCCCCCAUUCACUGCUGCUGGCUCCGCCUCCACUGCUGGGCAGCUACUAGCAUUAUCUGUGGCUGCUCUUAACUGGGAGUCCUGGCACUUGUGUUUGCCAUCAAGGCGGAAGAGCGGCAUAAGGCAGGCCAGUCCGAGGAGGCAGUGCACUGGGGGGCCCAGGCCCGGAGGUUCAUCCUGGUCAGCUUUGCUGUCUGGCUUGCUGUCUUCAUUCUGGGUUCCAUGCUUCUGUGGCUGCUUUCCUACGCCGUCGCCCAGACUGAAUGACUCUUGGUGGCCUCUGCCUAGAGUCAGCCGAGACCUCCUGGAUCCUGCAAUGUGGUAUUGCUAGGAUCCAGUGCCAGCAGUUGUCCUUCCUGGAAGGAUAGUUCCCCUUUCAAAAGGCUUUGGAAGAGCUCUUCUAGCCCUUUAUAUAAGGAGGCAACAGCUAGGACCAAUGAGGGGAGAUCAGUCUGCUCUCUUCUUUCAGUGCCUACCAUCUAUCUCCUCUUCCCCCCAGCCUCUUCCAUCCUGGGGGCCUCUACCCAGAGGUGGGUCGAAAACCAGGCCUGAUUUUAUUAGAAUUUGUUUUGUAAUAAAAACCUUUCUUUAGUGGUGAAAUGCUCCUAAUUGUUCUUCCCCUGCUUUUCCCUCGGCCCUUGGACAUCUGACUGAUAGCAGAAGUCUGCAUUUCCCCCUCCUAGGAGUUCCAAGAGAAGGAAAGUCCUCCCCUUUUCCUUCUGGAAGUUUCCUUCUUGGAAAGACCCCAGCUUUUCUCCCUUACACAUCAACAGAGACCCUGGAGGAAGGGAAGAGAACUAGUAGCAGCAGCUACUUACUUCUUAAGUGCUCAUUGUAUUCCAGGCUGUGUUCUCAUACUUCCUAUUUUUUAACUCCUUCAGUCCUCACAUUCACUCAAUAGUAGGAUCAUUGUUUUCAUAUUAUAGUUGAGGAAACAGGCACACAUUACCCAACACUACACAGCUAGUAGGUGGUGGAGUUGAGAUUGAACCCAGCAGUUUGGUUUCAGGGUUGAGAGAGGAGUGAAAGGGUUGGAUAAUAGCAGCCACCACUCUGUAUAUGGAAAUUUGCAUGAUUAAUGUAUUUUCAUAUCCUUUAUCUUAGGCCUAAUAUUUUAAGCAUUUUGUGAAUCAUGAGAUAGAUCACAAUAUAGGAAAAUAUCCAAAAAAAAAUACACAGCUCAAUAAUUUAACACGAAUCAAACAUCUGGAAGCCAAUAUUUAGUCAAAAAAUUGCUCUGCCAGCACUCCAAAGCCUCCUUUAUACCCCUCCCAAUCACUAGUCCGCCCUUCCUUCACAGGUAACUACUGGUCUGACUUUUAACAAUGUAUUUUAGUUUUGCCUGCAUUCAAACAUUGUAUAAAUGGAAUCAUAUAUAUUCUUUGUAUGUCUGGCUUCUUAGCAUUGUGAGAGUCAUCACUAUUUGGAGUAGCUGUAGUUUACGUUAUUGUAUAGUAUACCAUUAUAGGAAUAUAUUACGAUUUGUCCAUUUUCUGUUAGUGGACUUCUGGGAUAUUUCCAGUUUGGGAAUAUUAUGGGUCAUGCUGCUAUGGACGUUCUUGUACAUGUCUCUUGGAGUACACGUGCCUUGAGAAUGGAAUUUGUGGGUUAUUUGAUCACCACUCAGAGACCAGCAGAGCGCCCAAAGGAAUUAGGAAUGUUGCACACUGAAGAGAGAAGAUUAAAGGGGAAGGAGAGGCACAUGAUGGUUGUCUUCAGUGUUACAAAGUGCUCCAAGAAGAAAUGAAGACAAUCUGUAGUUGGUCCCAGGGGUUAGAAUUUACAGCAAUGGGUAGAAGCCAUACAUAGGGCAGUGGUUUUCAACUUUGGCUUCACAAUGGAACCAAUGGGGAGCCUUAAAAAUUAUUUAUGCCUGGCAUUUACCCUUAAGAGAUUCUGAUACAAUUGGUGUGAGGUGUUGCCUGGGGAAACAACAUUUUAGAGAAAUUUUUACAGAAACUUUCACAGCUAAUAUUUGAUCAGCUUUAAGUUUACUAGAAUAGAAUAUCCCAUUCCCCCAAACUGAAUAAAUGAGGUUUCACUAUUUUUUAACUCUUUAUUUUGAAAAGAUUUCAGACCUGCAGAACAGUGAUACAGUAUAAUUAAGUCAUGUAUUUUUCACCUAGGUUUAUUAUUUAUAAUUUUUAACCUUUCACCUAUUUGCUUUACACAGGCAUACUUUGGAGAUAUUGCAGGUUCAGUUCCCAACCACUGUAAAAGAGCAAAUAUUGCAAUAAAGCAAGUGAAUCAAAUGAAUUUUUGGUUUUCCAGUGCAUACGUGUAAAAGUUAGGCUUACACCAUACUGUAGUCUAUAUCUAAAAAACAAUGUACAUACAUCAGUUAAAAACUUUAUUCCUAAAAAAUGUUAAUCGUCAUCUGAGCUUUCAGCAAGUCAUAAUCACUGAUCACAGAUCACAAGAAAUACAGUGAAAAAGUUUGAAAUAUUGCAAGAAAUACUAAAAUAUGACACAGAGACUUGAAGUGAGCAAAUGCUCUUGGAAAAAUGGCACCAAUAGACAACAUAGGGUUGCCACAAACUUUUCAAUUUGUAAAAACAGUAUCUGCAGAGCACAAUAGAAAGUGAGCAAUAAAAUGAGGUAUUCCUAUGUUUUUCUAAAUAUACUUACUAUUAUUGCUGAACCAUUUGAGGGUAAGUUGAAGGCCCUUCAUCCCUAAAUAGUUCAUAAUCUGUCUCCUCAGAACAAGGAUAUUCUCUUACAUAACUCGAGUACAAUUAUAUAAUUCCAUGAAGUUAACAUCAGUACAAUAUUCUAAUAUAUACUCAAUAUUCAAAUUUGGCAGUUGUUCCAAUAACAUCCUUUAUACCAGUUUAUUUUCUGCUUUAGUUCCAGUGUGUGAAUACUCUGCAUUUAGCUGUCAGAUCCUUAGUCUCCUUCAAUUUUUAGUAGAUUCUCAUCCUUUCUAUUUUUGCCUUUCAUGGCAUUUUUGAGGCAAGGCCCAUUUGUAGAAUAUCCCUCAGUUUGGGUUCUUAUGAAUGGAUUUAGGUUAUGCAUUUUUGGCAGAAAUAUGGAAGUUUUGUGUCCUCAGUAUGUCACAUCAAGGGCACAUGAUGUCAGUUUGCCCUUACUGUUGAUGGUAACAUUGACAGUUUAGUUAAGGUUGUGUCUGUCAGAUUUCUGCAAAGUAAGGAUAACUUUUUUCCAUUUUAAUUAAAAAGCAAUCAGUAUAUAUAGUCUGUUCCCCAGCAAAUUUUCACUAAUAAUUUUAAUGCCUAUUUUGCCCAAGGCAGUUAUUAAGAGGCUUCAGUUAUGUGUUGUUAUUCUGCCUAUGUUUAUUAGUUUGCAUUAUGUGAAGUCUUUUUCUCCAUUAAUUUACAAUUUUUAGUGUUAGUAUGGUCUCGUUUUUUUAGUUCAUUAUAUGCAUUACUGUCAUUUUCCUUAAAAUGUUUUGUUGAGGUACAAUUUACAGUAAAGAUACAAAGCAGAUCUUAAGUGCACGGCUUGGUGAAUAUUUUUAUAUGAACACACCUGUGUAAUUACUACCUAGGCUAAUUAGACCAUUUCUAGCACAUUAGAAGGCCACCUCAUGGCCCUCUCAGUCUCAUUGUUCUUAUCUAUGCUUUUGAUUUGUGGAAACCCCUUCAACCUAGUUCUUGUGUCCUUCUGGUAAGUCCCCAUCUUCCUUCAUUUACUUUCUGACACCAAUUAUUUCGUGCUCAUCUUACUUCCUCUGCUCCAGCCUGAGAACUAGCUGUUGUCUCCCAAGGAAUACUGGUUCCUUUUAUUGGGUACUGUUACUUUGAAACCAGUGUCAAGACACUAGCUGUGCUCCUUCUACUGGGAUGUUACUGUUUCUAGGCCCUUCGAGAGGUUGGAGCUAGCCUAAUUUUACCUAUUUUUAAAAAUACCUCCAAUUUCAAUCAGUCAUAAGGUUGUCUUUCCCCAUUCCAAAUUUGGUAUUCCCACAGUAAGGACCUUGACAGCCAACUACAUCAAUAUGUUCCCUUGCUCAAUUUCAGCAUAAUUAGCCCACUUAUACUACCAAACAAGUUUAUUCAAUUUUUCUUUGCAAUUAUUUUGUCAUUAGAUUGAUGGCAUAAAAGUCAAAUGAUUCUGUUAAAAAGUUACUUGGAUUCGUUUUUCUCCUAUAUGGUUGAAAUCCCAAAAUGUGACAUUUUAAAGACAUGUGUUAGAAGAUUAUGUGAAUUCCAUCUGUGCCUCUCACCAGACUAUACCUUCACAAGAGUAGGAACUUUCCUUUGUCAUUGCUGUUACUUUGGUGCUUAGGCAAUAAAUAUUUAUUCAAAUAAAAACAUUCACCAAGAGAAUGCCGGGUUUAGCUGGGCACUGAGGCUUGUGAAGUCGCUCCUGGCCGAAUUGCACAACCUGGCAGGCUUGGAACGAGGGUGAUACUUCUCAAGGCUUUUGGAAGUGGGUGGUGGAAGAUUAGGAAAUGUAUAACCCCAGACGGUGAGCAUUAGACUGGAGGAACUGAAGAGUCGGAGCAGCCACAGAACGAGAGAACCUCUUCUGACUGACCGUCCACACCAAGUUGACCAAGUUAGGGUCCAGGAUGUCUGUGCGAAGCAUUUUAAGAGCUGGAGUCUGCCUCUCAAGGCUUUGGACUAAGCUGCUAACAUUUAAAAGCCGAAUUCAGAUAGGGAUGCUGUGAGGAGUCUGAAGGCGCCAUGUCCAAGCCCAGAGCGACAAAUCCCGCGUCCAGAUCAGAUACCUAAAGGUCAGGCGUCUCUGUAAACCUAACUUCCGGGUCCUGCUCCAUGCCUUCAGCACUACCCGUAAGCAAGCUCCACCCUCUGCUGCCUCCAAGCAGACGCCGAUUG